AAGUCUAGUACAGUCAUAGACCUUGCCUUAGCGUCAUAAACCAGUUACAAUUUCAGGGACAUUGGUGUAUACUCGUACAUUGUAAGAUCGAGAGGAAACCAUGGCAGAAAUUAAACACUCGGAAAUAACCAAGGAAGCGCCAAGGACGCCGAAUGUUGAAGUUAAAGGGUCCGCUCUGGGAUACACCAAGAGCAGCGUUGCAGAGAGUGUGAAAAAAGACAACGCCUUAGUUUCAAAGGAGGAAGCAGAUGGCGCCAAACCAUGCACUUUAAUUGACACUACAGCGAGCCUACAGUCUACAAGUGGAACACUCAGAGGUAUGGGUACAAAAGACCCAAAUCUUGCCGUGGAUGGGAAAGGCAGUGUCUCCGAGCCCUACACUUUGGUUGACACUAAAGAGGGCCUUGAAACUGCACUCAAAACCCUGAAAAGUGUGAGUAAAGAAGGUCCAAAUCUUGCCGUCGAUGGUGAAGGUGUUGAUUAUUCCAGAAGAGGAACGCUGUCUUUACUUGCCGUUGCAACAAGAGAUCACGUGUUCUUGUUUGAUAUGAUCAAGCUCGGACAAGUCGUUUUUGAUCGCGGGCUUCGCGAGAUUCUCGAGGAUCCUACACGCGAAAAGCUGAUGUUCGACUGCCGCGAAGAUUCAGAUAUCCUCUGGCAUAACCACCACGUGAAACUUGACGGUGUCCUGGAUAUACAGAUUUUGCAAGUUAUGUAUAGUAAUAGAGAUAACUCGGAUCUCUCGCCAUUUGGUCAAAAACGAUGUGCCAUAGCACCUUGCGAAAAGGUAUUUAGCUUGCUGCAUUGCCUUGUGCACUACACUGACGUCGUUACAUCCAUUAAAAUAAAUAAAUCAGUUGGGUCAUUCUUUUUUCUAUCAACUAAGAAGUGGAUGGACAGACCCUUACCUGCGGACAUGAUUAAGUACGCAUGCGUCGAAGUAUCAACCUUAUUUGGCCUCUACGAAAAAAUGAAAAUGAGCAACGAGGACAUGAGACGGUUGAAGACUGCAUCAUCGCGCUACGCCGAUCUGAAGCGUUCGCUCACCGUACGCCGUUUUGACGAAUUUGAAAAAAAUGGGUACCUGCCACUACAUAUAAUACCUCCAAAAGGAUAUGUUGGCUUUUCGGACUAUCAGUCCAAUAAAGGCACCGAGUGCACGGGUUGUAAAAGGCGCUUUCCGCGGGAAGCGUUCACUUACACACAGCUUAGAAAAGGAGAACAAAAAUGCAGAGUUUGCAGGAAGGUGAAAAACGAAAUUGAUGUUCAGAGUAACAGAGAAGACAAUUGGGCACGUGAUUGCUCUGACGACAGUGCUGUAUACUACUCCACGGAUGAAAAUGAGGAUUAUCCUUACUGGUAGGAGGAACGGAAAAGUGUUUUAAUUUUCAGGGCCGUUUGAUUGACGCGCAGGUUGUACGUAUAUGUGUGGAAGCUUGAGAAAGCAAAAAAGCAUAGUCUUCUUAUAUACAGAUGAUCCUCUACCAUGGUCACAGAUUGAUUUUUUACGAGUUAAAUAUGUACCAAAACGAGCAGAGAAUAAGUCUAUACUAAAUAUAUUCCGAUUGCCGUUAUUUUUUCCCUGAAAGACUUUGCUUGGUAUAAAUUCAGGGUGAGUUAAAAACAACAACAUGAUGUGACUAUUUUACGGAACGUUAUUGAUAUAGUUGUUUACUGCAUGCACUUUGAACGUUCUCAGCAUAAUUUACUCGUUUCACUUUCAGUUUGCAGCGUUUUUUUUUUAAUGAUUUACAAGGAAACUACGGGGGGCAGUAUGCACGACGGUAGGAUGUUGACGUACUUCGUAUUAGUAUUUUUACAAUGUUGUCCCCAUUUUUGCCUCUUUGCAACCCCACAAAUUGAAAUGUGUGCACUGUUUCUUUGGAAAUUUUAUUUUAAAUGUAGAUAUUUCAGGCGCACACAUUAAUGUUAAAUGUCAACACUAUUCAGUGUUUAUUAUUAGUCUGCUUCAUUUCUCUUAGUAUUGGGACUUUCAAUUAAUGCGGCCGUCACCGGCCAAAUUUCGAACAUCAUACUUGAGUUUGUCACAUUACUUUAUAAGCAUGUCGUUAUAUUCAAAUUAGUUAGGAUCAAGUAGACAUAAAAAAAACUAUGCUUUGUUUAGUGAAAGGGCAGGUUGGCUUCAAAAAUAAACAUGAAUGGACCCAUGAAUGAAUAAUUUCCACAAAUAUUGCGUCAAUGAAGUAUUCAACUUUUUAUGUAAAAUUGUAAAUAGUGUCGGUCAAAUGAGGCUUAAUAGCAAAUAAAAUGCAGGUAACCAAAGGAAAUCAAUAACAAGAUGAUAGAAAUAUCGGUAAAUGUCAACAUAUUGAAUAUGCAUUUGUGGUGCUUUUGCCACAUCGAACAGAACAACAGAGUAGCCUCUUUUUAAUUUUGUUUCUACCACUCAAUAGUAAUGUUUAAAUUUGAAGAAAUUAUGAUUUAAAGGGGCAGUAUUGGUAAAAUUCCCUAUUUUCUCCCAUUUAAAACAUUGGGUAGUUACCAUAUUUAAUGCCACUUAUACCGCUGAAUGAAUUCACAGACAGCUUCAGUGUUCUUCUUUACAUGUAACUAUAAAAUAAUAACAAAAUGAAAUAAAACUGAUUCAAUAGAUAAAUGAUAUAAAUUGUCUGUUUUAUUGAUAUGAAAUUUAAUGGACUA